CAAAUAUCUUUAGCCCAUAAUAAAUAUAGCUUGGUCGCCUUAUUUUGUGUCAGAAUUUAUUCAGUAAUACCAGAGUGCUUUAUAUAAUAACCCAUCAAAUAUGUAUAGGUUAUGUUGGUGUAAACAUAUGUGAACAUGUGUACUAAAGUCGGUAUUAUAGCAAAGCCCCAAAACCAUAACCUGUAAGGUCAGGCAAUAAUUGUAGUAGUGGAUUCAGGAUUUUGAACUUAAUAGUUAAAUUCCGGAAACGAAAAUGGUUCGCGAAUUCCAGGCCAUUGUGAUGGCUGGAGGGAGGGGUUCUAGAAUGACGGAGUUAACUGCUGGAAGGCCAAAAUGCCUUCUCCCUAUUGGAAAUAAGCCAAUGGUGUGGUACCCACUGCAACUACUUGAACGAACAGGAAUAAAAGAUACAAUAUUGGUUGUGGUAGAGCAGGUACGGUCAGAAGUGCAAUCAGCACUUGAGCCAUGUGGAUUAAAGAUUCGUUUGGAUAUUGUUAGUAUCCCUGCUGCAGAAGACUGGGGAACUGCAGAUACACUACGGUUUUUGAGUGAUAGAAUUAAGUCUGAUGUUCUGAUUGUGAGCUGUGAUAUGGUAACCGAUAUGAAUCUGCAUCCAGUGUUGGAUGUUUUUCGAAAACAUUCAGCUGGGAUCGUAGCACUGUUCUUCCAUCCACAGCCAUCAGAUGCCUCAUCUGUGACACCAGGACCAAAGACAAAACAGAAGCCAGAGCGAGAUCUUGUUGGUUUGGACACAGAAACCUCACGUCUUGUAUUUCUAGCAUCAAUCUCAGAUUUUGAUGAUACAGUAUCGAUGCCAAGACGUCUGCUACGAAAACAUCCCAAUAUCUCAAUGUUCAGCCAACUUACUGAUGCUCAUUUCUAUGUUAUUAGGAAGUGGGUUGUUGAUUACUUAGCAUAUGAAAAGUCUUUUAGCACACUGAAAGGUGAAACGAUACCAUACAUUGUCAAGAAACAGUCAUCAAGACAUAAUACAUCGAGAAAAUAUGAUGACACCAAUGCAUCCCUUGUUGAUGAUGACAGGAAAGAUUUAUUCCAUUUUGCCCAGGAAGGCACUCUCUUGCAUAUGAUCAGGGAGUUAUCAAGUUAUAAUGAUCAUACUGGAGAUAUGAAGCCUGUGUAUCAUGGUGACCCAAUUCGUUGCUAUGCCUUCCUGGCACCUUCGGACAAAUUUGGCAUAAGAGCUAACACUGUGGCUGCUUACUGUGAUAUUAACAGAAGGAUUAAGCAACGGUGGGAUUCAGUUACUGGGAGUUGUGAACUUUCACCCAUCCAUCCAACUUCCAACAUAAAAUCUACCCAGAUUGAUGAUUUGUGCAUUGUUGGUGAACAGAGCAGUAUUGCUGGGAAGACGUCAAUCAAAAGCUGUAACAUUGGCGCGCAUUGUCAAAUUGAACCCAGAGUACGCCUGACACAGUGCAUUUUGAUGAAUGGUGUUAAGAUCCAAGAAGGAUGUGUUUUAUCAAAUUGUGUUCUGUGUGACGAGGUGGAAGUGGGUAACAAUUCUGAAUUGAAGGAUUGCUUGGUUGGAAGUCAUCAUACUGUAGCUGCUGCAGCUAAACAUGCAAGCGAGGUUCUAACUGAUGUCAAUCGGCUGAUGGAAAUUUAGGAUUGGGCCUUCUGUUACACAGUGCACUGGUGCUGGAAUCCAGAUUGCUGUAACAAGAAAACAGACUAGAUAGCAAGCUGUAAUUAUAAUUGGAC